AUGGCCGCCGAAACAGUGUAUAGGCCCGCGACGGCCUACAUUGAUGCCGCCGACACUCAGAGGCUGGUCACCCUGGAACUGGAGGACGGCUCGGUCUACCAGGGCUACAGCUUUGGCGCCCCCAAAAGUAUCUCUGGCGAGCUGGUCUUCCAGACGGGUAUGGUGGGCUAUCCUGAGUCGGUGACGGACCCCUCCUACCGCGGCCAGAUCCUCGUCAUCACCUUCCCCCUGGUUGGCAACUACGGCGUGCCGCCUAGGGACGCGCUGGACGACAUCCUACGCGACCUCCCCGCCCACUUCGAGUCCAACAAGAUCCAUAUCGCCGGCCUUGUGACAGCCACAUACGCUGGCGAGGACUUCUCCCACUUCCUGGCGCAGUCCUCGCUCGGCACAUGGCUCAAGGAGCAGGGCAUACCUGCCAUGUACGGCGUUGACACGCGCGCCCUGACGAAGCGCAUCCGCGAGAAGGGUAGCAUGCUGGGCCGCAUGCUCCAGCAGAGGCGUGGCCUGCCCAACGGCGUCAAUGGCCAUGCGGAGGGUGCUGGGCUGCCCGGCAUCCCCGGCGACUGGAGGCCGUACUUUGAGACUGUCGACUGGGUUAACCCCAACAAGAAGAACUUGGUGGCCGAAGGCGAGUUUCUUGAUCUGCCGCGAGCGCCCCAAACUCCCAAGCUCUACAAACCCCCGGAGGGCACCGCCCUGAAGCAUCCCUCGGGGCGUCCCCUGCGCAUCCUCUGCGUCGAUGUCGGCAUGAAGUACAACCAGCUGCGCUGCUUCCUGAAGCGCGGUGUCGAGGUCCUGGUCUGCCCCUGGGACUACGACUUCCUGGACGAGACUUACGAUGGUUUGUUCAUCUCGAACGGUCCUGGUGACCCAGCUAUCGUCCAGGAGACCGUCGAGCGUGUGCGCAAGGCUCUUGAGGCCAACCGUACACCCAUUUUCGGCAUUUGCCUGGGCCACCAGCUUCUGGCUCGGGCUGCUGGCGCGAAGACGGUCAAGCUUAAGUUCGGCAACCGUGGCCACAACAUCCCGUGCACUAGCAUGGUGACGGGCAAGUGCCACAUUACCUCUCAGAACCACGGCUUUGCCGUCGAUGCUGCCACUCUGCCCGAGGGCUGGAAGGAGCUCUUCAUCAACGCCAACGAUGGCACCAACGAGGGUAUUAUGCAUGUUGAUCGCCCUCACUUCAGCGUGCAGUUCCAUCCCGAAAGCACGCCGGGACCCCGGGAUACCGAGUUUCUCUUCGACGUGUUCAUUCAGACCGUCGCCAAGUGCGCGGCUGACAGCAGCCUGCUGCAGAAGGGCGUCGAGUUCCCCGGUGGCACUGUUGAGGAGAACAACCGGCGCAACCCUCGCGUCUCGGUCAAGAAGGUGCUCAUCCUGGGUAGUGGUGGUCUCAGCAUCGGCCAGGCCGGCGAGUUCGACUACUCGGGUAGCCAGGCGAUCAAGGCACUGAAGGAGGAAGGUAUCUACACUGUCCUCAUUAACCCCAACAUCGCCACCAUCCAGACUUCCAAGGGUCUCGCCGACAAGGUCUACUUCCUGCCGGUCAAUGCCGACUUUGUGCGCAAGGUCAUCGUCUACGAGAGGCCGGAUGCCAUCUACUGCACCUUUGGUGGUCAAACCGCCCUGCAGGUUGGUAUCCAGCUCAAGGACGAGUUCGAGAAGCUUGGCGUGAAGGUCUUGGGUACUCCCAUCGAGACUAUCAUCACGACUGAGGACCGCGAACUCUUCGCCAAGGCCAUGGAGGCCAUCGGUGAAAAGUGCGCCAAGUCGGCUGCUGCCAAUAACGUCGAGGAGGCCCUCCGUGUGGUCAAAGAGAUCGGCUUCCCCGUCAUCGUGCGUGCUGCUUAUGCACUCGGUGGCCUGGGUAGCGGUUUCGCCAACAAUGAGGCCGAGCUCCUUGACCUAUGCAACAAGGCCUUUGCCGCCAGCCCUCAGGUGCUGAUCGAGCGCAGUAUGAAAGGCUGGAAGGAGAUCGAGUACGAAGUCGUGCGCGACUGCCAGGACAACUGCAUUACUGUCUGCAACAUGGAGAAUUUCGAUCCCCUCGGUAUUCAUACCGGCGACUCUAUCGUCGUUGCUCCCUCGCAGACCCUGUCGGAUGAGGACUACAACAUGCUGCGGACGACGGCCAUCAACGUCAUCCGCCACCUUGGUGUCGUUGGCGAGUGCAACAUCCAGUAUGCGCUCAAUCCCUUCUCCAAGGAGUACUGCAUCAUCGAGGUCAACGCCCGUCUGUCCCGUUCCUCGGCCCUGGCGUCCAAGGCUACCGGCUACCCCUUGGCCUUCAUCGCUGCCAAGCUGGGUCUCGGCAUCCCCUUGAAGGACAUCAAGAACAGCGUGACCAAGGUCACCUGCGCUUGCUUCGAGCCUUCUCUCGACUACGUUGUGGUUAAGAUGCCGCGCUGGGAUCUGAAGAAGUUCACCCGCGUGUCGACUCAGCUGGGCUCGUCCAUGAAGUCAGUUGGUGAAGUCAUGAGCAUUGGCAGGACCUUCGAGGAAGCCAUUCAGAAGGCCAUCCGCGCUAUCGAUUAUCAUAACCUCGGCUUCAACGAGACGCCCGCGCUCAUGUCGAUUGACGAUGAGCUGCAGACGCCCUCUGACCAGCGCCUGUUCGCCAUCGCCAACGCCAUGGCUGCCGGCUACUCGGUCCAGCGCAUCUGGGAGCUGACCAAGAUCGACAAGUGGUUCCUCGACCGCCUCAAGGGCCUGAGCGACUUCGCUAAGAAGAUGAAGGAGCUCAAGGCUGCUGGAGAGCCGCUGCGCCCUGGUCUGCUGCUCCAGGCCAAGCAGCUCGGCUUCUGCGACCGACAAAUCGCGAAGUUCUGGGGCAUGACCGAGCUUGCUGUGCGCAGCAUGCGUCUGGAUGCUGGCAUCGUCCCCUUCGUCAAGCAGAUCGAUACCGUUGCUGCCGAGUUCCCGGCCUACACCAACUACCUGUACCUGACGUACAAUGCCAGCGAGCAUGACGUGACCUUCAACGACCACGGUGUCAUGGUCCUGGGUUCUGGUGUAUACCGUAUCGGUUCCUCGGUUGAGUUCGACUGGUGCUCCGUCCGCGCCAUCCGCACCCUUCGUGAGAACGGCUUCAAGACCAUGAUGGUCAACUUUAACCCCGAAACGGUAUCGACCGACUUCGACGAGGCCGAUAAGCUUUAUUUCGAGAACAUCAACCUGGAGACUGUUCUCGAUAUCUACGAACUCGAGGGUUCGUCCGGUGUCCUGGGCGCCAUGGGCGGUCAGACCCCCAACAACAUCGCCCUUCACCUUCACCGCGCGGGCGUCAAGAUCCUCGGUACCUCUCCCGAGAUGAUCGACACGGCCGAGAACCGUUACAAGUUCUCGCGCAUGCUUGACCGCAUCGGCGUUGACCAGCCGACCUGGAAGGAGCUGACCAGCUUCGAGGAGGCCAAGGCUUUCUGUCAGAAGGUCUCGUACCCCGUGCUGGUGCGCCCGUCCUAUGUGCUCUCUGGCGCUGCCAUGAACACGGUCUACUCUGAGGGCGACCUGGAGAACUACCUGCAGCAGGCUGCCGAGGUCUCUCCUGAGCAUCCUGUUGUCAUCACCAAGUACAUCGAGAACGCCAAGGAGAUCGAGAUGGACGCUGUUGCCAAGGAUGGCAAGCUUGUCGGCCACUUCAUCUCGGAGCACGUCGAGAACGCCGGUGUGCACUCGGGUGACGCCACGCUCAUCCUGCCGCCUCAGGACUUGUCGCAGACGACCAUCCAGCGCAUCGAGGAGGCCACCCGCAAGAUAGGCGCCGCUCUUAACGUCACUGGCCCCUUUAACAUUCAGUUCAUCGCCAAAGAUAACGACAUUAAGGUCAUCGAGUGCAACGUCCGUGCCUCGCGUUCCUUCCCCUUCGUGUCCAAGGUCAUGGGCGUCGACCUCAUUGAGAUGGCCACCAAGGCUAUCAUGGGCAUCCCAUUCGAGGCCUACCCGCCCAUCGACCGUCCGGCCAAUUGCAUCGGUGUCAAGGUGCCCCAGUUCUCCUUCUCGCGUCUGUCGGGUGCCGACCCCGUUUUGGGUGUCGAGAUGGCUUCCACUGGUGAGGUCGCCUGCUUCGGUGCCGACAAGUAUGAGGCCUACCUGAAGGCUCUACUGUCGACCGGCUUCAAGAUCCCGCAGAAGAACAUUCUCCUAUCGAUCGGCUCGUACAAAGACAAGGAAGAGAUGCUUCCCUCGGUCCGCAAGCUGCAGGAGAUGGGCUUCAAGCUGUUCGCCACGGCCGGUACCGCCGACUUCUUCGGCAGCCACGGCAUCCAGGUUCAGUACCUCGAGGUGCUCGGCAAGGACGAGGAUGACCAGAAGUCAGAGUACUCGCUAACCCAGCACCUGGCAAACAACAUGAUCGACCUGUACAUCAACCUGCCGUCCAACAACAAGUACCGCCGCCCGGCCAACUACGUCAGCAAGGGCUACAAGACUCGUCGUAUGGCCGUUGACUACCAGAUCCCGCUGGUCACCAACGUCAAGAACGCCAAGAUCCUCAUCGAGGCGCUUGCCCGGCACUACGACCUCGAGAUCAGCAUGCGCGAUUACCAUACCAGCCAUCGCACCAUCCAGCUGCCUGGCUUGAUCAACAUCGCCGCCUUUGUUCCCGGCCUGGUCACUCGCGAUUCGGAAGAUCUCCAGCGCGUCACCCAGGCCUCGAUCGCUGCUGGCUACAGCAUGAUUAGGAUUAUGCCGGUCAGCAAGGACGGUUCGAUCUCGGACGUCAAGUCACUCAAGGUGGCCCAGCAGAACAGCAAGCGCGGCGUCUACUGCGACUUCAACCUGUCCAUCACGGCCACCUCUGACAAUGCUAACCAGAUCAGCAGUGUCGCCGGUGAGGUCGGCUCUCUUUUUAUCCCCUUCAACCACCUGUCGGACAAUAUCAGCAAGGUCACCCAGGUUGAGGCUCACUUCGACGCCUGGCCCAAGCACAAGCCCAUCAUCACGGAUGCCCGCACGACCGACCUGGCCUCCAUCCUGCUCCUGGCCAGCCUGCACAAUCGCCGCAUCCACGUGUCGGCCGUGACCACCAAGGACGACAUCAAGCUGAUCACCCUCGGCAAGCAGAAGGGUCUCAAGGUCACCUGCGACGUCUGCGUCUACUCGCUCUUCCUAUCGCAGAAGGACUGCCCCGGCUGCCACUUCCUGCCGACGCCCGAAGACCAGGAGGCUCUGUGGGAACACCUGCCCAUCAUCGACGUCUUCUCCAUUGGCAGCUUGCCCUACCAGCUGGCUCACUUCCUCAAGAAGGAGGCUGAUGUCACCGUUGGCAUUGCCGAUGCCCUGCCGCUGCUCCUCACUGCGGUUGUGGAUGGCAGGCUCACCGUUGACUACGUCAAGACCCGCCUGCACGACAACCCGAAGGAGAUCUUCGAGCUGCACGACCAAGUCGGCGCGACCGUCGAGAUCGAGCUCGACCGUGCUUUCGCCGUCCCGACUGAGGGUGUCUGGUCGCCCUUCGCCGGCAAGGUCCUCAAGGGCGUCGUCCAGCGCGUUACGUUCCAGGAUCAGGUUGCCUGCCUGGACGGCGUCUUCCAGCCCAUCCCGCCCAAGGGUGCCGAUAUGUCGACUUACGGUGCGCUCCCGACUGUCAACGUCUCGUCGCCUGUCGUCCGAUCCAAGCCUUUCCCCGUCUCCCCUGCCCCGGAGACCCCGACUGAGACUCGUUUCAAGGCUCAGGCUGCGGCCUGGUCGUCGGCUUACGGCCGGUCGAAGAGCGCUGAGGUCGCCCCGGCCUCUGCUGGCGCUGCCGGUCCUCGCGGCUCGAUCGUCGAAGAGCUUGCCCCGCCCCUUCCCCUGCACCCGCCUCUCGUCUCGCCCCUACAGGAAAUGCUUGCUGCUCCCUCGUCUUUCAAGAAGUCGCACGUCCUGUCGGUGACGCAAUUCACUCGUGCCGAUCUGCACCUGCUCUUCCAGAUCGCCCAGGAGAUGCGUCUGGGCGUGCAGCGUGAGGGCGUCCUCGACAUCCUCCGCGGUAAGGUUCUCUGCACGCUGUUCUACGAGCCCUCGACCCGCACAUCGGCCUCGUUUGACGCUGCCAUGCAGCGCCUGGGUGGGCGGACCAUCCCUAUCCAGACCUCGACCUCGUCCGUCCAGAAGGGCGAGACCCUCCAGGACACCCUUCGCACGCUGGCCAACUACAGCGACGCCAUCGUCCUUCGCCACCCCGACGAGAAGUGUGUUGACGUCGCCAAGAAGUACUGCCCCGUCCCCGUCAUUAAUGGCGGCAACGGCAGCAAGGAGCACCCGACACAGGCCUUCCUCGACCUCUUCACCAUCCGCGAGGAGCUCGGCACCAUGCAGGGCCUGACCAUCACCUUCGUCGGCGACCUGCUGUACGGCCGUCCCGUGCACUCCCUCGUCUACCUGCUACGCCACUACCAGGUCAAGGUGCAGCUUGUCUCGCCCAAGGCCUUGCGCCUGCCGCCCGCGGUGCGCCAGCAGCUUGUUGAUGCCGGACAGUUGCUGUGUGAGAGCGAGGCGCUCACGCCCGAGAUUUUGGGCCGCACUGACGUCCUGUACUGCACGCGUGUGCAGAAGGAGCGGUUCCCGAGCCUCGCGGAGUUCGAGGCGGUCAAGGACUCAUACAGGAUUGACUACAGCACGCUGAAGUAUGCUAAGCCGACGACGGUGGUGAUGCACCCAUUGCCGAGGAAUGAGGAGGUUGCUGAGGAGGUGGACUUUGAUCAGCGGGCAGCUUAUUUCAGACAGAUGAGAUAUGGCCUGUACUGCCGCAUGGCGCUGCUCGCGCUGGUCAUGUCCUGA